AUGGAUGCAAAGAUCUGCUCAAAGUGUAACGAUGAGGAAGCUAAUCAAGUUUUUCCAUGUGAUUCAUGCAAAGAGUACUUAUGUGCCCAAUGUGCUGACUUAACACCGUCAGAAAUGAAAUGUUUACAAUUAAAGAAUAAACGAAAAUUAAUUUUUUUGUGCAGUGAAUGUGAAACAGAACGAUCUGAAAAUUUGGACGACAGGCAGUUAAAUCAUGAACAAGCAGUAGAAAGUCUUGAAAAUAAUGCAACUGAUCCAGAAGAAUACGAAAAUAUGAAAGACAGGCUUUCAGAUCUUGAAAAAGUAUUAGACGAUCUAAAAAAUAAUGUGACAGUUCCAGAACACUAUGAAAAUUUGAACGGCAGGCUUCUGGAUCUUGAACAAGCCGUAGAAAGUCUUAAAAACAGUGCAACUCAUUUAGAAGAAAUUGAAGAUAUAAAAAGCAGAUUUUCAGAUCUUGAGAAGACCUUAGAGGAUCUUAAAAAUAAUGUGUCAGUUCCAGAACAGUAUAAAAACAUGAAUGACAGGCUUUCGGAUCUUAAACAAGCCGUAGAAAGUCUUAAAAACAAUGCAACUGAUUUAGAAGAAAUUGAAGACAUGAAAGGCAGAUUUUGA